AUGACCACCGCUGCGCGGGUGCUCCUGGCCAGCGCCGUUCCCGCGGUGGCGAGGGCGCUGUCCGCCGGGGCGUUCUACGAGGAGGCGAGCUCCUUCGAGGCGUCGGUCGACGUGGCCUUCCAGGAGGUGGCGAUGGCGGGAUGCCUGCGCGCACCCAUGAGCUUCGGCGAUUACGCGGAGAAUUACGGGCGCAAGUACGCUCGCGACUCCGCAGAGUACGAGGUACGCGCUGCGCUCUUCAACGACCGGCAGGAGGCGGUCCGCCUCCACAACUGCGCCGCCGCCACGCCGAGUGGCCCGCUCUGGGUCGAGAAGGUCAACCACCUGUCGGACCGGACCCCCGAGGAGCUAACGCGGCUGCUGGGCCACAAGUCCAACCGCAACGUCGACGCCGAGGCCACGCGUGGCUCUUCCCUCCUGGCCACUCGCGGCAACGUCUUCCACGACUCGACGAUGCCCAGCGAGUUCUCCUGGGCGAACCUGAGCGUCAUCGCGGCCCCGAGCGCUGAUCAGGGCGAUCCCUCUGGCUUCGCGGGCUCACGUCCGGGUGGAGAAAAAACUCCAGAGGGUGUUGCCGCACUUUAA